CAUAGAAAUUUAAGAGAAUAUAACAAAACAAAUCAUCUUAUACAAAACCUUCACAAUGGCUAAGAAGAUCUCUUCCCUUUCCGCAUACGCCACUGCCAUUGUUGCUCUCACUCUUUUAGUUGGUUUAGUGAUGAUUCCGGCGGCAAGUGAUGCGGCGGAAUGCCAAAACAGAGUGCCAAACCCAAAUCCGGCAUGGAAGGAUUGCCAGAAUACUUGCACCCAGCUUUACGGGUCCGAUUUCAAAGCCAGAAAUACCAAUACGGGCAAUAUGGAGUGCGGGUGCACCACCUGCCCCUAGCUGCUAGCUAGCUAGCUGAUCC